GGGGGCGGGGCCUGACCUCGUCCACGUCUCAGGAUCUCUGCGGCCUUCGCUGAGGCGGUCAACAACAAUCAUCAUCGUCGUCGUGGCGCUCCUGCAGCGGCGUUACACUUAACGACACCAACGUUAUCAACGUCGGAGACUUGCUCUCAAGUGUGACCCGGGGCAGCGCCACAAGAUGUCCUGGAUCACGGGCUUGGCCGGCAAAGCCGAGGAGUUACUCAACCUCGUGGACCAUGGGGCGGCGGUUGCUCUGAGCAAGUCCCAAAGCGGCGUGGACCUUGAGUAUGACUCCCUGCAGGGAAGUGCCGCCAACAAGACUUAUGACCAAGGCCUUGCCAUGGGGGGAGCAACGUUCCAAUCACUUGAGCGCCAUCCGAGCUACCCGUCGUCCAGUUACAUCUCCUCCGCAGCCAGCAGCAUCAAAUCGAGCAAGACAAAUGCGGCCACAAUUUUGGCUGGUACGGCCAACCUGACGCCGCUAUCCCAGAUGGCCGCGGCCGUGGCCGUGCCGCCGCCGCCAGCGGCAGGCGUCGGCAAUGGCAGCCGGCCCUCGGCGCAGUUCGUGCGGCCCAAGAAGGUGGAGCCGGAUGACGAGCAGGCACUCUUCGAUUUCCUCAACAGUCCCGCGGAGAAGGCGGCCAACGGAGCUGCCGGUGGUGGCGAACGUCCAAAAACACCGUUGGCGUUUGGUGGCCACUCGCGUGCUUCCAGCUCCAGCUCCCUGUCAGCGAGCGGCGGCGGCGGUGGUGGCGGCGGCGGUGGUGGCAGGAGGAGCGUGGAGGACGGGGGGUCGCGAAGGGACGAUGCCAGCAAUGAGCAGGAUACGUCCGAGAGUUUAGACUUACCGCGGGAUUCAUCCACGCCCGCCUCGUCUCUUGCGUCCGGUGAGGACGUGCCGGACGCAGCCGCGGUGUCGCCAGCUCGCUCUUCCAAGGACAGCCAGUCCCAGGAGCUGUCCAACCUGCGUCUGGAGAACCAGCUGCUGAGGAACGAGGUGUCGUCCCUUAACCAGGAGAUGGUCUCACUAAUGCAGAGGAAUAAGCAGAUUCAAGAAGACCUGGGCCUGGCUCGCGCGCGCAUGGAGAAGUGGGACGCGGACGCGUCGCGCGGAGACCGAGUCGCGCGGCUGCUGCAGGCGCGCUUGGACGACCUCACGGCCUCCCUCGCCGCCAAGGAUUCGCAGCUCGCUGUGCUCAAGGUGCGGCUCGGCGAGGCCGAUCAGCUCCUGCGGGCACGCACGGAGGCACUCGACACCCUGCAGGAGGACCGCAACAGGAUACUGCACGAUCAGAGAGAUUGCAGCAGCCUGCAGACACAGGCGCUGCACACAGUUGAAGAACGGCUGCACGAUGCCGAGGCUAGCGUCCGCCGUGAGCAGGAGAGCUACCGGAAGAUGCAGAGCGAGCUGACGGCUCGCGUGGGUAAGCUGGAGGCGGAGCGGCAGAGCCUGGCGGAGGCCCUGACGACGGCGGAGCGGCGGAGCGGCGAGGAGAAGCGACGCAGCGACGAGAUGCAGCAGCAGCUCAAGUCCGCCCGCGCCACUGCCGAGUCGGUGAAACAGGAGCUCGCCGACUACAAGCAGAAAGCCACACGCAUCCUGCAGUCCAAAGAGAAGCUGAUCAGCAGCCUGAAGGAAGGCGUCGGCAUGGAGGGGGUGGAGGGCGCCGUGGCCGCCUCGUGCGUGGAGCUGGAGGAGCUGCGGCACGAGCGAGACCUCCAGCGGGAGGAGACGCAGCGUCUCCAGGGCCUUGUGCAGCAGCUCAGGGUGGAACUGCAGGACAGCGAGGUGCAGCAGGCCGCGGAGGUGGAGACUCAGCGCGAGCAGCAGCAGGAGCUGCACGAGCAACUGGUCCUGCAGCAACGCGCACGGCAGGAGGCCGAGAGCGAGCUCGACAGACAGAAGCAGGAAUACCAGUACAUUGAAGAGGAACUACACAGGACCAAGACCAGCCUUCACAGUCGGAUAGGAGAUCGAGAAGAAGAAAUCAAAAGGCUGAGAAAUCAGCUGACCGCCAAGUCACUGAGCAGCAGUGGACAGGCGGAGCUGGAGGGGCGGCUGCACCAGCUCACCGAGACGCUCAUCCAGAAGCAGACCUUGCUGGAGGCGCUCGGCACCGAGAAGAACUCCCUCGUCAUCCAGCUGGAGCGACUGGAGCAGCAGCAGCAGCUGCGCAAGGGGGCGAGCGUCGGCGCGGCCACCGUCAACAUGCCCCACGUGGCAGAAGGUGCCCGGUCCAGGGUUGUUCCAGUGCUCUUCAGCGACACUGAUGUCAUGCAAGAUGGGAUGUACGGGAAAGUACGGAAGGCCGCCAACACGAUAGACAAGUUUAGCAUACGUCUCGGGGUGUUUUUGAGAAGAUAUCCAAUCGCCAGAGUUCUGGUCAUUGUCUACAUGGCUCUGCUGCACGUCUGGGUGAUGAUCGUUCUGCUGACGUACACGCCUGAAAUCCAUGACUCGAAGCAUCACUUGCCCUGAUCACCCACACAGCGCUUCGAUACGGGGAGAACGGGUGGUGGCACAGUUUUAAUAUAAUGUACGAAUAUUGGGGGAUUUAAUAAAGUUUAAUUAUAGUGUACAUCAAUGAUUCUUUGCACUUUAAGCACAGCGGCUGCGUGCUGUGUGAACGCCAAACGAGAAUGAGGUCACAACCAAUUUGCGUGUUAAAGGUGGGAGUGUAUAUUGGGUUGUAUCGUUGUACUAUGUUACAUCAUGUAAAAAAAAGUUGGGCUUUUUGAAAACUGCCCAAGUUCUUCAUGCCAUCGGUUACUUUAUUGCUUUCGUUUUGAGACUUAAGAGCUGUUUUAAAUUGUACAAUACACGUUGUAGAUUAUUUGAACUUAACUUUAAAAAUACGUUUUGUUUCUGUGUCAAUCAACUGAAGAAGAAAUGUCUCAUGAGGUUUUUACGUAUUCCGCUUUUGUUUUGUCAUUUCAUAGGCAUUGGAAAUAUUUGUAGAAAAAGUAAACACACUACAAAACUGUUCACAAAAAUAAACAAAAAAAUGGCAA